UCCAAUGACCCACCAAGGCACCAACUGAUAAGUUCUGCCUUUAUAGUCCGAUGCAUAAUUGCAGCUGCGCUAGACGCACAAUCGAGGCGAGUUCGAUUUAAUACCAAUAUGUGCGCUGAACAUCGCUCCUAUUUUUUUUAGUUCUUCUUAUCUCUUAUAGAAUACGGUAGUACUGAAGCACACGACCUGCCCCAUAGGAAUUGCCUCGUCAUCCUAUUCGUGUCGAAAGAUUCCAAGUCUCCAACCAUUGUUUAUUCACACUUGGCUUGGUAGGGGGUAUUUACAUUCCUUAGUAAUGCAACAUAAAAAUGUCACACAUUUGAAGGGUGAAAAUUCAUUCUAUUUCUGGUUUUCGUAGUUAUUGCAAAGUUAUGGUCAUUUCGCUAAAUUUGCAUAGUUUGACAUGCAUAUCAUGACUAGUACAUAGUAAUUGUGGGCUAUCAUUGAUGAUCGGUAAAUCAUUCACCAUUUGGAUAUUAUCAUCGGUUCCUCGUCGUUUUUCGCUUUGGUUCUGUUCUAUUUAUGUAUAAAUUUGGUUUGAACAAGGCAGUUUUAUGUAGGAUCCAUAUGCAUAUCCUGAAUUUCAGUCCUGCGCAUGCUAUCUAUACCACCCCUGCCUCACCACACAAGCACAGAGGACCACGCAAACAGCGGGGCAUGGCAUCACCGGCAGGAAGGAGCUGCACCCGCUACUCCAAGAUUCCAGAGUUCUUGGUGGGCCCUAUUGGGCAACCAAUGCCGGCAGUGGGGCUUGGCACGGCAUCACACCCAUUCAUGGAGGAAGAAGUUAGGGCUGCUGUUCUCACUGCGCUGGAGCUAGGCUACCGCCAUAUCGACACUGCGGCACUCUAUGCCUCUGAGCGGGUUGUUGGCAAAGCCAUGGCUGAGGCGGUGCAGCGUGGGAUUGUGGCAUCUAGGGAGGAGCUGUUUGUGACAAGCAAGGUGUGGUGCACGCAGUGCCACCCCGAGCUCGUGCUCCCGUCCCUCAAGGAGAGCUUGCAGAACCUUCAAAUGGAAUAUGUUGAUUUGUACCUGAUUCAUUGGCCCAUGGCUGUAAAGCCUAGCAAGCCCCACUUCCCAAUGAAAAGGGAGGACAUUGUGCCGAUGGACCUGAGUGGUGUAUGGAAGGCUAUGGAGGAAUGCCAUCGGCUUGGCAUUGCUAAAAUGAUUGGUGUCAGCAAUUUCACAACAAAGAAGCUGCAGGAGCUGCUUGCCAUUGCAAAAAUAUCCCCAGCAGUAAAUCAGACCAAGGGAUUUUGGCCCAGCUUUAUAGGAAGCAAAGGUCAUCCACUGCGGUUUACGAGCUAUACAAAAAGUGAGCAAAAAAUCAGCCAACUCCUGACCUAGAGCUUAUUUGGUCCUUGGACAGAGGAGGCUAAUAAACCCCAUCAUGAUGCCAUCAGAUAAUGAGUUUCUACUUCCCUGACGAAGGUGGAAAAAAAAAUUCACUCUAGAAUCCCUCCAAACUAUGACAACAGAAACAGAAUAUGAUGUUUUUGUAUAAUCUCCUAUUAUAACUCUCGACUAUUUUUAAGCACGUCAGUUAUCUGAGAUUAAUUGGUAGAGCUGCAGAUGUCUGUUGACGUAGCCUCACAAGCCGACCCUUCAAGUCUUCUGGCACGUUGUCCACUUAUCGCUGAUCAUCCUUCUUGUUUAACUGCUUCCAUUGCUGCAUAAAGGACACCAUUUGGAAGAUCACAGUCUCUGUGGAAUAGACUACAAUAUUUUGAAAGACUAAAUCAUUCCUAGCUAACAUAAGGUCUGAGGUACACAUUCAAGUAUCAGAUAAGGUUCUAUUUUAGCUAUUUAUUUUGAACUUGAUCCAGUAGCAUUUGGCAUAUCUCUAAGCUAACAGGGACAUGUUGCCAACUUGCCAUUGGAAGAAAUGUCUCCAAGUACUCCACACAAACAUUGCCAAGGGGUGUUUUAACAUUAUUUGAUCGUUGUUUCAGCCAAGCCACACAUCUUACACCGGUCAGAUCUUCAACAAUGGGAGAGCUGCGUAUCUUUGUAUUAAGAGAAAAAGGGGGGUUGGUCCAAAUUACAGAGUCCAGCUCAUCUCCUUGGACCAGAGAGAGGGCUGCAGAAACAUCAAAGAGCUAUUACAUAAAAGGGUGACACUAGGACCUGACCACAACUCACUUAUCAGCCUACACUUGUUCUACUAUCCUUCCUGGGUACAAGGCAGCAAGACCCUUGGCCCCAGAGAACCUCCAUAGGAGUGAUUCAUCCCUGAAAGCCUGGAGAGCCUGCUGCAGAUUUGGAGACAGCCCAU